AUGCAGAAACUGUUAGAUUCCUGCUGCAAAUAUUGCGGCUCGGACCAGAUAGAGUCCUGCAAGCAGCAGGGCGAGCUGGUCUGCCGCAACUGUGGCGCCGUCCUCCAGGAAAAUAACGUUCUUGAGGCGGUGCAGUAUGCCGAAAAUCCGGCCGGAAAUUCCACCCUGAUUGGGCGGUUCGUGCCCACCGGCGGCGGUGGCAUGGGAUCGCUCAAGUACAGUUCAUCGCAGACCCUCGACCAGUUGGUAAGGCGCGGCGAGCAGAAUAUUCAGCGCACGGCGUGCCACCUCAACAUCUCCAGCGAGCUUGUGACCAAGGCUACACGCAUAUACUCCCUGGCGGUCCAGCGCAACUUCACAAUGGGCCGUAACAACAAGCACGUCGCGUGCUGUUGUUUGUACACGGCCUGCCGUCGCUUCAAGGCGCCGUAUCUGCUGAUCGACUUCGCCGAUGUGUUGCAGGUACCAGUAAAGAUCAUUGGUCAGGUGUUCAUGAAGCUGGUGCGCAUGCUACACCUCGAAGUGCCAAACGUGGAUCCGUCCAUCUUCUUCGAGCGGUUCGCAAACGAGUUGCAACUCAAGGAGAAGGUCGACCAGAUCAUUACCACGGGAGUGCGCCUCAUCCAGGCAAUGAGGCGUGACUGGCUCUGCACCGGCCGUAGGCCAACGGGUCUCUGUGGAGCCGCGUUGGUCGUCGCUGCACGUAUCCACGGCAUACCGCUGAACGCAGAGGCCGUCGCGUCUGUUGUACGCAUAUCGCAUCCUACUAUCAUGAAAAGACUAUCGGAAUUCCGUGGUACGUCCACUGCCCGUCUUUUGACAAGCGAGGUGGACAUUGUGGACCUGGAGAAGUUACCGGCCAACCCCCUCCCGCCCUGCAUGAUGGCCAAGAAAUUGGCCCUGGAAAAGAAACGAAGGCUUGAAUCGGAGACUGGUUCCACAUGUUCUGACAACGGAAGAGCCUCCAUAACGAGCGGCGACGACAGUCCGCUUUUGUCCUCUACUCAGUUGCAGCUGCCGGUCCACGGGAAAAUCGACCUGCGCAUCUCCAACGAUUUGCUCUGCCUGGAUGCCCCAACGGCGAGCGACAUCAACCAUAUCGCAGACAGCAUCAUGACCGCGGCACCCCAGCUGGGCUGGGCGGUGCCCAAGGCCGAUGGUGGCGCCGGGGACGGCCCUACGCCAAACAACGCGGAGAGCAUUGUGCCCAAAGCAGCCGCCACAACUAUCGCAAUACCGGAGUCUCAUGCUGAUGGGCAUUUGAGCUCCGACGACGAGGAGGACGAGGAGGAGUUCAAAUUCAUGAUCCUAUCGCCUGACGAGAAGGCUGCAAAAACAUUACUCUGGGACGAGGUAACGAAGGAUAUCAUGCCAGAAGUGUGGCGGCGCCAAGCCGAGCGCAAGCGCAAGGAGGCGCUGGGCAAGACGGUGAAGAAGCGCAAGUACUGCCGGAAAUCGUACGCCGACUACCCUGAGGCACAAAACGCCGCGCAAUCUGCGCGCAUGGCGCUCGAGCGUCACGCUAAGGAUUUCUCGAACAGGAUGAACCAGGAGUUCCUCGACACGAUUCUCGCGUAG